GGUGCUGUAAAGAGUGCGAAGGAGGUUAUGUGGCGAGGAGACGCGUUCGAGACGUCGCAGGAGAGCAAGGAGUGGGCGUGAACGGUGUGAAGAUCGCUUCGCAGCGAUAGAACGCGCCCCGGGCCGGUCAAAUGGGUUCUGAGUGGCUUCUUUUCGCGCUGUCGCGGGUGGUCGUCGUAUCAAAUCCGUGUUUGUGGGCGUCUGGGAGGAGGAGAUUGCUGCAGAUGCCUGCGAGGUCAAAACAGGGUGGUUAUGUAGGGUUGAGGGAUUGUUGCUGCUGCGUGAACGAUGUCCGCACGCACCCAUCGCCGCUCGAACUCACAAAGCUCACGCUCAGGGGCUACCUACGCGUCUCCCACCCCCUAUAUGCCAUCAGACAGGCCAAAAAAGAACAGGAGAUGGUGAAAAUGACAGGAAACACGUGGAUAUGUUUCCUCAAUAUUCCCAGACCGCGGCAAACAAAAUGGGAGAGUGUUGUGCGUUGGAAAAGGCAAAAAAGAAAGUGGCGUGUCUUGUUUUUCAGGGGGAGUCGAACCCUCUGGCUGCCUACCGAUAGGCUUUGGACACCGCAAGAUCUGUAGCGUUUGAUGUUAGCGAAAGUUCUCAUGUAAAGCUAUAUACUGAGAAAGGAAAGCGACGGGGGACACCGUUAAG